AAUGAACGCGCCUUUGGCGUUACAAAUAUCAAAACCCAUAUCCCGAUUACACUCGAUCUGGUUGACCACAAUUAUGAUGCCUGGAGAGAGCUUUUCAUGACCCCCUGCUUAGCCUUUGAUGUGCUAGGACAUCUUGCCGGCACGACUCAACCACAAGACGAUGCUGAUGUUGCCUGGAAAAAACGAGACAGUCUUGUAAAGCUCUGGAUCUACGGAACCCUCACGCAGCCCCUGUUCCGAUCAAGUUUCAAAACCGGCGGUACGGCCCGAGAUGUGUGGCUACGCAUCGAAAAUCAAUUUCGCAACAACAAAGAGGCACGGGCCAUACAGCUCGACAACGGCCUACGCACAACUGAAAUAGGUGAUCAAACCAUCCAUGAGUACACACAGAAACUCAAAUCGCUUGCAGAUCUUCUCACCAAUGUGGAUGCGCCGGUCUCUGAUAGGACCCUUGUCAUGUACUUGCUAAAUGGUCUAAAUGAGAAAUAUGAUAACAUUAUCAAUGUUAUCAAACAUAAGGAGCCGUUCCCUUCGUUUGACAACGCAACCUUGAUGCUGGAGAUGGAGGAACAACGAUUGAAGAAGGCUCACAAGAAACCACUACCGGUUCACAAGGACACAUCUUCCUCCACCUCGGGCCUGACUGCUACUGACGAAAGCAACAACACUCAGCCACGCCGAAACCAGCAAACACGGAACAACUCCAACAAUUAUCGGGGUAAUCGCAGAGGCAACCGCUACCGAGGACGAAGCAACUACAACUCUCGCCCUAACUUCAAUUACUGGGCUCCCCCACAGAUGUGGUCCACUCAAGGCCCAAUGACCAACUGGCCGGCCCAGCUUGCAAAUUGGAGCCCAUUCAAUCAACAACAAACAAACUGA